CUCCUUGGUUUUGAAUCCACUGGGAAGAACCAGCCAUGUCUCGGCAGUCUGUCUGCAGAAGCUUUGGAGGAGGGAGCAGAAGGGGCUACAGCUCUUGCUCUGCCAUCGGUGGUGGCUUUGGAGGAGGUGGCAGCAGAAGCAGGAGCAGCUACAGCUCAUUCUCCAUGUCCAGGGGAUAUGGAGGUGGUGGCCGUUGUGGAGGGUUUAGCAGCAGGAGCCUCCACAACAUAGGUGGCAGUGGAAGGAUCUCCAUGGGUGGAUGCUACGGUGGUGGAGGCUACGGAGGCAGAAUGGGUGGCUUUGGUGGAGGCUACGGAGGAAGCCUGGGCAGCUUUGGUGGAGGCAUGGGUGGCUUUGGAGGAGUGUGUGGUGGUGGAGGAAUGGGUGGCUAUGGUGGAGGAAUGGGCGGUUAUGGUGGAGGAAUGGGAGGUGGAGGAAUGGGUGGCUUUGGUGGCCCAGGCUUCGGGAUGCCAGGCUUUGGUGGCCCCGGUAGAGCUGGCCCUGGGAUCCAGCCAGUGCAGGUUGACUCCAGCCUCCUGCAGCCGGUCCAUGUUGAGAUCGAUCCCCAAAUCCAGCAAGUGAAAAACCAGGAGAAGGAGCAGAUCAAGACUCUUAACAACCAGUUUGCCUCCUUCAUUGACAAGGUCCGCUUCCUGGAGCAACAGAACAAGGUCCUGGCCACCAAAUGGGAGCUGCUCCAGCAGCAAGGCCCAUCAGGGCCGAGGAAGAACCUGGAUGUCAUCUUUGAAAACUACAUCCAGAACCUGAGGAGGCAGCUGGAUUCCAUCCUGGCACAGAGGGGGCAGCUCGAGUCGGAGCUGCAGAACAUGCAGCAGUACGUGGAGGAGUACAAGACCAAGUAUGAGGAAGAGAUCAACCGGCGCACCAGUGCUGAGAACGAGUUUGUGGUGCUCAAGAAGGAUGUGGACAGUGCCUACAUGACUAAAGUAGAGUUGGAAGCCAAGGUGGGAGCUCUGACCGAUCAGAUCAACUUCCUGAGGUGCAUCUAUGAGGAGGAGCUGGCUCAGAUGCAGACCAUCAGCCGAGACCUGUCUGUGGUGGUGUCCAUGGACAACAACAGGCACCUGGACCUGGACAGCAUCAUCGAGGAGGUCAGGCGCCAGUACGAGCAGAUCGCCCAGAGCAGCAGAGCUGAAGCUGAGGCUUGGUACCAGAGCCAGUAUGAGCAGCUGCAGAACACUGCUGGAAGGCACGGAGACAGCCUCCGCAACACCAAGAUUGAGAUCCAGGAGCUGACCAGGAACGUGCAGAGGCUGCGGGCUGAGAUCGAGAGCGUCAAGAAGCAGAACCAGCAUCUUCAGGCAGCCAUUGCUGAGGCCGAGGAGCGGGGUGAGAUGGCCCUGAAGGACGCCAGGAUAAAACUGGAGGAGCUGGAAUCUGCUCUGCAGAAGGACAAGGAGGAGCUGGCUCGUUUGCUGAAGGAAUACCAGGAGCUGCUCAACAUCAAGAUCGCGCUGGAUGUUGAGAUUGCCAUGUACAGGAAGCUGCUGGAGGGAGAGGAGAACAGGCUGUGCAACGAUGGCAUGUCCAAUGUCAAUGUCUCUGUGAUAGGCAGGACCACCAUCACCGGAGGCAGAGGAGGAAUGGGAGGCGGCUUCGGAGGAGGAAUGGGAACAGGAGGAGGAAUGGGAAUGGGAAUGGGAGGAGGGAUGGGAAUGGGAAUGGGAGGUGGCAGUUGCGGAGCUGGAGGCAGCUUCGGUGGUGGCAGCUGUGGCAUCGGAGGAGGCAGCUACGGCGGCGGCUUCUCCUCCGGCAGCGGGAGGAUGUGCGGGUCCGGCGGGGGCAACUUCAGCUCCGGGGGGGGCUCGUCCUCCGUGCGGAGAUGUGUGACCACCACCUCGGUCAAGUCGUCAGGAGUGAGGUUCUGAGCCCUGUGCCCCGGACGCUCCCAUCCCAACUGAUGCUCUCAGCAAAGGAACCAAAGGAAAGCGGCGUCUCCCCCGCUCCCCCGGCACCAGCCCAGCCUCCCUGCAGCCAGCGCCGGGCUCCGGCAGCCACACGGACU